CCCUCUCUUCCGGUGUUACCGCCCUGGGUUUGAGUGAGAAAUCAAGCAGUGGAGAAGACAUCGCAUUCAUUGGGAGGACUGGUGUUAUUUGGAGACUCCAUAGUUAGGUCCCAUCAGCCUCAGGUGUCCUUUUCUGUGGUCUGGAGCUGAGAGGCUGAGAAGAAGAACUGUGGUCUGCUGUUCAGUGUUCAGCAUAGCGAGCUUUAGCCGGCACCAUGGCGUUGUCAUUCAAGAAGGACCUGGAGAAGUACAAGGAUCUGGACGAAGAUGAGAUCCUCAACAAACUGUCGGCGGAAGAGCUCAAACAGCUGGAGGUGGCCCUCGAGGAGAUGGACCCUGAGAAUGCACUUCUCCCUGCGGGCCUACGCCAGAAGGACCAGACAGUCAAGGAACCAACAGGGUCGUUCAACAGAGAUGGCCUCCUGAAAUAUCUGGAGAAGGAGGCCAUGGAGCACAAAGACAGAGAGGAUGUAGUGCCCUUCACCGGGGAGAAAAAAGGUAAAGUCUUUGUCCCGAAGCAAAAACCGAUCGAAGCAUGUCAGGAAGAAGUCACAAAACUGGAUCCAGAGUUGGAGGAGGCCCUGUCCAGCGCCACAGAUACAGAAUUGUGUGACCUAGCAGCGAUCCUGGGUGUUCACACAUUGGUCACCAGUACGCAGACUUAUGAUGGGACUGGGAGUAAAGCAGGUUACAACAAUGUGAUCAAAGGGGAGAAGAUGAAUCCUGUGUUUGAUGAGCCUCCCAACCCCACAAAUGUAGAAGAUACUCUGCAGAGGGUAAAAAGCAAUGACGGCUCCCUAACAGAGGUCAACCUCAACAAUAUUAAGAACAUUCCAAUCCCCACGCUGAAGGACUUUGCCAAAGCCUUGGAGAAGAACACAAACGUCAAAAAGUUCAGCCUGGCAGCAACACGGAGUAACGACCCGAUCGCUGUGGCAUUUAGUGACAUGCUGCGGGAGAACAAGACAUUGCAAGCUUUGAACCUGGAGUCCAACUUUAUCACUGGGGCAGGGGUGCAGGCUUUGGUCGAUGCACUGCGAGACAACGACACACUCAUAGAGAUCAAGAUAGACAACCAGAGGCAGCAGCUGGGCACCACCAUAGAAAUGGAGAUAGCUAAAAUGUUGGAAGAGAACAACAGCAUAAUUAAGUUCGGCUACCACUUUACCCAGCAAGGACCUCGCUCCAGAGCCGCUGCGGCCAUCACCAAGAACAACGACCUGGUCCGCAGGAAGCGAGUGGAAGGAGACCUGUAGAGGACAACCCCGACCUGUGUCUCAGCCAAUCCUGUCGUUUCAUCUCACCGUCGCUUGGAAUAAUUUCAGCCAAUGCCCUGGUCUCAUCUCACUGUGUGGAAACUUUAGUCUUGUGCCAAACUGUGGGGCAAGGCGUGCUCAACCAGAACAUACAUCUGAGAAGAAGGGAAAUAACUGGAAUUGCCCUCUCCCGUUCACAUGUUUAUACUUGUGUUUAUUAUUGUUUUGUUGUUGUUGUUGUCAUGGAAGGUGUAAAUCUAAUUAGUUUUUAGUCAUUCCAUUUCAGCUGCUCCUUUUUUUGAGCCUUUUCAUGGUCUGUCCAGACAUUUAUUUGUGUUAUUUUCCUUUUAUACUAUGCUAUAAACAUGAACAUUACCAAGUAACCGAAAACAAUAACAGAAGCUAACAAUGAAAGCAUCCAGUUGCUGUCGAGGCCCAAAGCUUCUAGAUGAAUUUCUGUUGAACCAGUAAAAGUGAAUCAGAGGGUGAAGUAAAUCAGAGCCAGUUGAAUCUGCUGAUGCAUACAGAACAGUUACAGCUGCGUCUAAAGUUACCGUAAGGUACGAUGAGUAGUCAUGUAGUAACCAGCUGACUCUUGGUUCAGAUCCGAUCACUCCUGUUUGUUCUAUCUGCACGGUGCUCUGCAGGGGAAGUUUAUCGGAGUUGCCUUGUAAAGCCGGCUUGGCUGUCUCCGGCUGGUGUAUGUAACGGUUAAGUUUGUGCUGACCUCAUGCUGCAGUCAGCCACAAAACAGAUGCUGGCUCCUGUCCUUAUAUAAAUACUGUAAGUAUCAAUGCUUAAUAUGUUAUAUCACUUCACUGUUAUCCUUACAAAAGAUCUUGUUUUUAUGUGGUUCACAUUCUGAUGUUGGCUAUUCUGAUCACUCGUAUCCCUGAACAGGAAAUGAUUACAUGCUUUCUAGCAAAGUGAGAUCAUGCUGUAAAAAGAAACCGGAUAUUAACCUCCGUCUGGAUUGAAGAUGCUUUGACCUGCUCUUAUAAAUAACGUCCUAAAUGUCUACUCAGCACACUGUUGUUUUUCCUGAUUCUUAACCAUGCCAAAGACUAACACAUGCAGUGCAGAGUAUCUCUAUUGAACUUGGCUCUUGGUUCAGGUUUCAGCUUUGUCAUCUUCAGGCACGUCCUCACAGUUCACCACAUUCUCAAAACUUUGAUACCACAUUAUGGCAUUUAGAUUUUUUUUUUUUUACUUUUCGGCCUUUUCUUUGAUGUUCAGAAAGAAAGUGUGGUGUGAUUUGGCAAACAGCUGGUGUGAAACUUCCUAGGUUGUGACCACUUGUGAAAUGUUUCUAUGAACCACAUCUCACAGAAAGAAAGAUCCUAAAUUUAACUUUCUCACUUCCACACACACACACACAUUUCUCUUGGCUCUCAGCAGUAACAGGUCAUUCAUUAUGUAAUAGAUGACAAUGUACUGUGUGUACCUCUAAAUGAACCUCCAUUGGUACACUAACCUGCUUGAGAUAAGUAUAACAGGACUAAUUUGGGCGUUACUUGAAACUUGUACAUAUUGAAUAUGUGUAAUAGGAACAAUAUGCCGGCAUGGAGUCAUCACUUGUGAACGUCAUGUUUCUGUCGACCAAAAAAACGCCCCACCGCCUCACAUUCCUGGGACUGGAGCUGUUGGGCUCAGUUCAGUACUUUGGGUUUCUUUCUGUUUACUUCUUCCUUGAUCAUAUCUCUUAGUGUUUCCUCUUGGACCUGUUUUUUGUUUUUUAAAGAUAACUGUGCAUUGUUGGUGGAAACUGCUUCUUUGCCUGGGCUUGUUAAGAAUAUCAUGUGAUCAUAAUACUGUGUAUAUUAAUUGUAAAAUGCCAUCUCAGAUUCAAAGUGCACGCACACUUUAUUGUGUGUUCCAACAUUACUUUACACAGGUCAUUGCUGAGAUGUUUUUGUACCUUAAAACAAAACCCAGGUGUAUGCUUAACACAAGGAAUAUGAAAUGUAAUAUUAUAAAACCACAGAACUGGUAAAACGCACUGCUGAAUAUACGACAUCCUUGAAAAUAAAUGUUUUUACAAACUCUGA